AUGGACGUCGAGCAUUUUACCCACCCCAAAAGCGAUUUUCCCAAAAAGAAGUGCGGCGUUCUGGGAGCGACGGGUUCGGUGGGACAACGCUUCAUUCUUCUCCUCGCCCUCCACCCACACUUCGUCCUUCACGCCGUCGGGGCCUCUGAGCGCUCAGCAGGAAAGAAAUACAAAGAUGCCGUGAGGUGGAAGCAGGCAAUUCCUUUCACAGAGCGCAUCGGCAACCUCGUCGUGAAGAAAUGCACACCAGAAGAAUUCGCAGACUGCGAUCUCGUAUUCUCCGGUCUCGACAGCGAUGUAGCAGGAGAUGUCGAAAUGGCCUUCCUGAAAUCCAACCUCGCCGUCUUCUCCAACGCCAAAAACUACCGCCGCGACCCCCUCGUCCCCCUCGUCGUCCCCACCGUCAACCUCCGCCACCUAGACGUGAUCCCCCACCAGCGGAAACAGCACAGUCUGGAUAAGGGCUUCCUAGUCUGCAACUCCAACUGCGCCGUCAUCGGCAUCGUGAUCCCCUUCGCUGCCUUGCAAGCCAAAUUCGGCCCGGUCGACCAAGUCUCCGUCGUCACCAUGCAAGCCGUCUCGGGCGCGGGCUACCCGGGCGUCAGCAGCAUGGACAUCAUCGACAACGUGGUGCCCUUCAUCUCGGGCGAGGAAGACAAGCUGGAGACGGAGGCGCAAAAGAUCCUCGGCGGCGUCACCGACGACCUGACGGCCUUUGUCGACCAGCCCAUCAAGGUCAGCGCCGCGUGUAACCGCGUGCCUGUCCUGGACGGCCACACGGCGUGCGUGUCGUUGCGGUUCCAGAGGCGCCCGCCGCCCAGUGCGGAGGAGGUCAAGCAGGCGAUGAGGGAGUAUGUGAGCGAGGCGCAGAAGCUGGGGUGUCCUUCUGCGCCGCAGAAGGCGAUUGUGGUGAUGGAGGAGGCGGAUCGGCCGCAGCCGCGGUUGGAUCGCGAGACGGAUAGGGGGUAUGCGGUUAGUGUGGGGAGAGUGAGGGAGGAUGAGAGCGGCAUCUUUGAUAUCAAGUUUGUGGCGCUGAGUCAUAAUACUGUUAUUGGAGCGGCAGGGUCGUCGAUAUUGAAUGCCGAGGCGGCGGUGUUGAAGGGGUUUGUUUGA